AUGCACGUCGACCGCCCACGUUAUGUGAUUGACAGGCCGGCGUAUAACCUCCCAGACUUCGACAGAGAGUUUGACAAGAAGAGUCGACAGUUUCCUGUUGGCGAGAAAGUAAAGAAACUCUUCAGAUGCUCCAAGUCGAGACUGAGGAGCCUGUUAUUCCGACACCUGCCCAUCCUGAGCUGGCUGCCCAAGUACAAAGCAAAAGACAGCCUGCUGUGUGAUGUUAUCAGCGGGGUCAGCGCCGGCACCAUCCAGGUUCCCCAAGGCAUGGCGUUCGCCCUCCUUGCAAAUCUCCCUCCCGUCAACGGCCUCUAUUCUUCUUUCUUCCCCCUCAUCCCAUAUUUCUUCAUGGGCACCGCUCACCAGAUGGUCCCAGGCACUUUCGCCGUCCUCAGCAUUAUGGUGGGAAUCGUGUGUCUCCAGCUGGCCCCAGAAUCGGACUUCAGUCAUUUCAACGCCACUCUUAACGCCACAGUGGUGGACACGGAGAUGAUGAAUGAGGUUCGUCUGGGGAUAUCUGGAACUCUGGCCUGCCUCACCGCGAUCAUACAGAUUGGCUUUGGCUUCAUGCAGUUUGGGUUCGUUGCCAUCUAUCUGUCAGAGUCCUUCGUCAGAGGCUUCAUGACGGCUGCAGGGUUACAGAUCCUCAUCUCCGUGCUCAAGUACAUCUUUGGCAUCAAAGUGCCGCCGUACAGUGGCCCCCUGGCUGUGGUCUAUACUCUCACAGAUAUUGCAGCCGGCCUUGCUGAUACCAACGUAGCGUCGUUGGUAUUUGCUCUGGUCAGCAGCGUGGUUCUGAUUGUCGUCAAGGAGCUGAGCGCACGUUACCGCCACAAACUGCCCUUCCCCGUCCCCAUGGAGAUCGUUAUUGUGGUGGUGGCCACGGCCAUCUCAGGCCCGCUGCACCUUCCUGAGAUCUACCACAUGGACAUCGUGGGAGAAAUCCCUUUGGGAUUCCCGGCUCCGAUCCUGCCGACAGUGAGUCAGUGGCAAGACAUGCUGGGCACAGCGUUCUCCCUGGCGAUAGUUGGGUAUGUCAUCAACUUGGCGAUGGGCAGGACUCUGGCAGCCAAGCAUGGUUAUGAUGUGGAUCCCAACCAGGAAAUGUUGGCGCUUGGCUGCAGCAAUUUCCUUGGGUCGUUCUUUAAGAUCCACGUGAUCUGCUGCGCUCUGUCUGUGACCCUGGCUGUGGACAACGCCGGGGGGACAUCACAGUUUGCUAGUCUGUGUGUGAUGCUGGUUGUCAUGGUUACCAUGCUUGCAUUGGGAGCCUUCCUGAAACCACUUCCCAAAUCAGUGCUCGGAGCCCUGAUCGCCGUCAACCUGAAGAACACGCUCCUGCAGCUCUCGGAUCCCUAUUACUUAUGGAAGAAGAGCAAGUUAGACUGUUGCGUGUGGGUUGUGUCGUUCUUGGCCACCUUCUUUCUCAGCUUGCCGUACGGAGUCGCCAUCGGGGUGGGCUUCUCCAUCCUGGUCGUGAUAUUCAAGACACAGUUUCGUAACGGUUCGGCAAUGGUCCAGAUUAUGGACACAGAUAUCUACAUAAAUCCUAAGGUGUACACGAAGGUCAUGCCAAUAACGGGGGUGAAAAUAGUCAACUACUGUUCACCGCUCUAUUUUGCAAAUGCUGAGAUGUUUCGGCAGAGGGUCGUCAAAAAGACCGGACUGGACCCCGGCAAACUGAUUCUGGCCAAGCGGAAGUUCUUAGAGAAGGAGAUGAAGGAAAAAUUAAAAAUGGAGAAGAAGGACAAGAAGGAAAAGAAGGACAAGAAGGACAAGGAGACGAGGAGGAGGAAGCCCAGCUCGCUGCUCGAACUGCAGAACGACUUUGAUAUGAGCGACGGCAGCGCCAGCUCCCCCGAAACUCCCACCAGCUACGUCAACUUCCACUGCGGUGACAUUGAGCUGGGCGAGCAGACGUCCGAGCCGGAGCCGUCCAGUCCCUGUGCCGUCACCCUGGAGUCCCAGCCCAUGCCCUUCCACACCCUCGUCCUGGACCUGGCAGGCGUCUGCUUCAUUGAUCUCAUGGGAAUCAAAGUGCUGAUAAAGAUGAACUCAAGCUAUUCGAUGCUGGGGAUCAAACUGUACCUGGCUAAUGUUCAAGCCCAGGUGCACGAGGAGCUGGAGGCCGGAGGAGCGUUUGAGGACGGAAACAUCGCCCGCGGUAAUCUCUUCCUCUCCGUCCACGACGCCGUUCUGUUUGCUCAACACACCUCUGGAGAGAGGCGCGUCUCCCUAAAGGUCGGCCCCAGCUGUAUAAAGCAACUUUAUCAUACAAAUCCUUUUUCCACAACAUCACAAACAAACACCUGCUGUUCAGAGGUUUCAGCUCAGGGCUACGGGGAGAGAUUAACACGACUGUAACACCCUGAUUUAUUCUCCGAGAGGGAAAUUC